AAAUUUUAUUUCUUUACGCGUGUUUUGCCUCCCUACACAUCGCACCCUGCAAACCCUUGUUUCCGCGGUCUCCGUCGAUUUCGCCGUGUUGUGUUUCUGCCAUGUUUCCAUCGAACAUUGCUUAUGUGGUAUGGUUGUGUCAUGUUUCCGCCGAACUUCAUCUUCGUCGAAAAACGGUCUCUCUCACUUCUCUUCUCCCAUCUCUGACUCCUAAAACCUCAUUUUCUAACAAACUUCCUUUUCUUUUCGGAUCCUCUACUUCCCAAUUGCAUGGAGCUCAAAUUUCUCAUCACAUUCUCCCUUCAUCUCUUCCUUCGUCUUCUUCUUCCUUCAAAUUUACCACCACCUCUAAGGUGAAUAAGGGCCAAACCCGUUCUCCUUUCACUUUGAAAGAUCAAGAUGGAAGGAAUGUGAGUCUUUAUAAAUUUAAAGGGAGGCCUGUGGUUGUCUAUUUCUAUCCUGUCGAUGAAAUUCCUGGUUGCACCAAACAGUACCAAAAAAGGAAGGGACCUUCAUCAUCUGGAGUUGCUAACAGUACUGGAACAGGGAAUAUCAUUGGACCUGACUUCCAACCAUGAACUCCAUCAACUCACACCCUUAGUGAUGAAGCUAUUAUUGCCCCAAUAUGAAGAAUGUUAAUAGCAUGCCAAAGAAUAUGUUCUUGUAUGUUGUUGUAUAAGAAUGAUGGAACAGGGGGUCUUGCAUUGUCCGCAAACCAGCUAGUAAAGGAACUUAUUACCUCAACAACAUAUAAUGUGUGUCAACAAAGAGACAAAAAUUCUAACCAGUCCUAUUACAUGAACAUUUGCUUGUAUCACAACCCAUGCAUCGGUCUAGUAUAGAAUAAUUCUGGCGAUCUUUGGUUAAAAUUCCUAAUGGCUAGUGAAGUAUACAUGUGUUAUCAGUUUGAUACUUAGAAUAAUAUCUUUUAGCUUUCUUUCUUUUCAA